AUGACCUUUGCUUUUGGCGGUGCUGGUGUCUUCAAGGUGAAGACGAAGAAGGUGCCGACCCUCGCCGCACAGGUCCAAGCUUUCAAGAGGCUAGUUAACGACGGGGUCAUCUCUACGCAUCAGCUUCACCACUCUGUCGCGCUCAUCGCCAUCUCCGGCAAUGACUACAUGAGCGACUCUGACUUUGAGACUGGCUUCUACACAAGCUUCGAUGAUCUCGAUACUUACAUCGGAAACGUGGCGACUGAGAUCCUAGAUAAUGUGGCACAACUGCAGAUGCUUGGUGUGAGAAAAGUGCUAGUAAACAAUUUGCAUCCCAUUGGUUGCACACCUUUGCAUACUAGUUCGAACAACUACACCACAUGCGACCUUCUCGGCAAUUAUGGCGCGUCCGUGCACAACAAGUAUCUAAAGCAAAUGCUCGACGAAAGGGAUAACGUUCACAUUCUGGACCUCUACACCGCCUUCACUGACAUCGUCAAUCACGCCCCUGGUGGAGGGUCGGAUCAGUCCAAGGAUUUCAAGGGCAAGCUGUCUCCGUGCUGCGAGAGUACGGAUGAGGGAGGGUUCUGUGGAGAGCGUAGCCAUUCAGGGAAGCGCCUGUACGACCUAUGUGAAAAUCCUGACAAGACAUUCUACUGGGACCAGACACACCCUACACAUGCUGGGUGGGAGGCUGUAAUGAUGGCGCUGCAACAACCUUUGAUGGAGUUUCUCGAUGAGGACUACAUUGCAUGA